UAUGAUCUAGGUCAAAUUGGAUUGGUUACCCUCCUGACGUCCAAGGCUAUGGGGGCGUCAGUCGUGUGCAUAACAGAUAUUGAUGACUCUCGGUUGGAGAUCGCUAAAACGUUAGGUGCUACACACACCGUUAAGGUGACGAGUCGUGACCCCUAGGUAGUUGCUAAGCAGGUGGAGGAUAUAAUGGGAGACAAGGCUGAGAUCAGCAUUGAGUGCAGCGGGGCCACCCCCUGUGUACAGACAGCUAUAUACGUGACUGAGCCUGGAGGCUGCGUGGUAUUGGUAGGAUGCUGUCAAAAGGUCAUCGACUUGCCAGUAAUGGCUGCUUCCCUUCGGGAGGUGGACAUCCGAGGAAACCUUCGAUACUGCAAUUGCUAUCCGACAGCUUUGGAAAUGGUAGCCUCCGGAAAGGUUGACGUCAAGCCUCUCAUAACACACAGAUUUUCAUUGGAGGAUUCAAUCAAGGCCUUCGAGACGACCUUGAGAGGUGAAGGAAUCAAGGCCAUGAUUGAUUGCGCGCGUUAAAUUGAAUACAAAGUGUUUUCCAUCAGGCCGUUUUCACGAACAUAUUUUUCGUUGUGUUAUUCAAACCGAUUUUCGGUAGCAUUGAAAUUCGCGAUAUUAUGUAUUUGCUACGCCAUCCCAAAAUAUGCACCCACGAACGUAUUAACAUGCUAUGAAAUAUUCUUUGAGGAAGCAUUUUUACAUGUGACACGAAAAAAUCCAUUCCGCGAUUUCCCGCUCUUACUCGUCACCUUACUUUAGAAAAACUGCAUUCUACUCUCAUCGGGAAAAUAUUCAUCUUGCAAACUAUGAUAUAGUUGAAUUUCCUGUUUUCUUUGCCAUAUUAAAGUUACAAAU